AAAAAAGAAAAUCUUCGUACAGGAAGUUGAUGUCGCUAGCUUGCUAGUUGGCUCCACAGGUUGGCUCUGCUUCGCUCACCGAGUUACACACCAUGGAAAACGGCCUGUUUGACAUUCCCGACUACGACAACAUAGAGGAUGAAUCUUUCCCCCCCCUCCCACCGCCUCACUCCCCCGGCCAGGGGGGGCAGGGGGACGGGAACCCUUUUGAAAAUGGGGACGAAGAUGGCGACGUGUCCAAGUUAGCGGAUGUCCCUGCUGCUAAAAGGAAAGGAGUGAGGAGGCCGCAACCCAAGCUGGACUCUCACAGGCUGACCUCAGAAAGAGGACUUCCAGCUCUGCGAACACUGUUCGAUAACGUCCAUUUCAAAGGCAAAGGGCACGAGGCCGAGGAUCUGCGGCUGCUGAUGCACAAGAUGGAGAACUGGGCCCACAGGUUGUACCCCAAACUGCAGUUUGAAGACUUUAUUGACAAAGUGGAGAGGCUCGGCAACAAGAAGGAGGUGCAGACCUGUCUGAAACGGAUACGGCUGGACAUGCCACUGACACACGAAGACUUCACGGGUGGUAAGGGAUAG